CGGACGCGCGCGACGCAAAUGUUACCGACCUCACGCGGGAAAUAGUUGCGUCAAUAUUUUUGUUUAAUUAAAAAAUAAUUUCUCGUGUUUGACAAUGGGUGGAAGUGUUAGGAUUUAUGCCUUUUUAUUUAUGGCUGCGGCUGCCUUGGCGGUUCCUACUAGAGAUUUGGGACAAGCUCAUCUUAAUAUCGAUGAUGCCACGGAUCUCAGUGCUGAAUCUUCAGAAAUUACACCAGAGGCAGUCGCUCCUCCAGCAUUUCAGAAAAAUAGAGCAAAGGAGCAAGAUACUGAAGCAGCUGCCGAUGACUCAGACCACUCCUUAGAACUUAUAGGGAAUUCUCAAAAUUUCUUCCCAUCUUUCGCAAAUCUUUUCGAACCGCGACCACAAAACAACUUUAGAUUAGGCUUCGGAAAUGAAGGAGCGUACAGUCAAAGGCCAAACUCCUAUAGAUCUCUCCUGAACUAUCCACUCUUUGGCAAUUACAGAAAUGUUGAAUCAUUUGGAAAACAGAGCGCAGCGUCCUCUGCACCUCUAGUAGAUGCAAGCUCAAGCGUCCUUGGUUCCGGAAACUUCGGAAUCAUCAAAGGUGGAACAUUUUUUGCCCAAAAUGACGAAGAUUCAGAUUAUAAUGACGGGUUUAGCUCAUUUUACAACAACGGACAUGGACGACCGUCACUAGGAGUUGGUUAUAUAGCUAACCCUCGACCGAAUUACAGCCAAGAUCAGUUCGCUAACUUCAGAGACUUCGCCGAUAUUAAUACACCAUCCAACUCCGCCUUCUCACAUUACGUUGUUGUGUAUGCCAAUAAAAAUGCAACAAUGGAUGAAGUUUCAGAAGAAACUAGAAAAGUUUUGUCCGAACCUAAGAAUAUAAUAGAAACACUUCAAAGAUUGGAUGAGCCUGCUCCGGCGCAACCAAAAAUAUCGAAAGCGAAAGCGAAGUUAGAAGCAACCAAGCAAAAGAUGAUAAAUAAGAAAGAACAAUGGAAAAAGAAAAGCUCAAAGUUUCAGAGUCAAAAGCACGACCCAGAAGAGCCAUUAUUAGCGUUAAGUUAAAAGUUAGUUUACAAUACAAAGACUUGCGUAAUGUAAGUGAUUUUACCAGUAAAAAGUGUGAUGUGUGAGUGCUACAUCCUCGUCGUCUUAAAGGAACACGAUGAACGAGCGAUAAAUUUAUCGUUUAAGUUAGUAAAUAUGGUCAAAUUGUGUGCUUGUUACGUACAAAUGGUAAAGGAAUGGAAUUAUGUUGUAUAGUGAAAAUUAAAUUAAGUAUUAAGAUGGUAGCAAUAUUUUAUUAAACUUCCUCGGUCCAUUGAGCAGAGUGAAUCGAAUACGCUUCGCAGCAAUACAAUGGUAGAUAUGUAGGUAGUUUUUGUAAUGGCGAAAGUGAAUAACCGCAUUCAUCUUAAUCUAUAUUGAACAGAACCUAUUGAAAUUGAAGAUACCAAUUAUAAAUAGGUAGGUAUAUAGUGGUCAUUUUUUAUAAAAUCUUCAGCAACAUAAUUUAAUUACACAAUUAACUUUACAGUUUCUUUAAUUUACACAAAAAGUUACUUCUACAUUUGCAUAAUCGGUAUCAUAUUCGUUGAGCUCAUUGUUUAUCGAUAUAAGGUAAUUAGAUGAAAUAAUCAAAUGUAAUAGAUAUUAAA